GAGCAUCGAUACUUAUUUAGCACGUGCAAGCGUCCUGUGUUGUCUUUUAAGCAACGGUUUGAGAUGCGAAACGACAGAGGAAGACGUUCCGGCGGUAAUCAGCACAACUCCGGUCGAAACGAUUACCAUUAUGUGAAUAAUAGUGGUGACCAGUGGAAUGGGCAGAAUCAAAAUAAUAGCUUUAACCCUGAUGGUCGUGGACGAGGAAAUAACGCUGAUUCGUUCACAAAGUUCCGAGAUCAAAACCAACCACAAGAGGUUCGUAAUCAGCACCAGGGCCGCGGCGGCGGUCGCAGAAACCAGACUCCCAAAAACAACGCAGACACCCGUCGUUAUGCCGACUUUAUAAGAGAUGUUAGGACUGAUUCAAGAGGUAGAGGUGGUAGAGGAGGACGUGGAGGAGGGAGAAGCGAAAGGAAUUCCGGUCGUGGUAGACGACAUAAUGAAGAACCAGUGGGACACUGGUACCAGGACAACACUCCAGAUGACAUAUAUAAUUUUACCAAUGGCCAACUGGGCAAUGAAAACAACGGAACGCUUCAAAUAGAACCACCAAUAGCACCGCCUACUCCAGAAGUGCCCACUGAGCCUACUCCGACAUUUGCAGCUACUGCUGAGACGGCAAAGCCAGUUGCACUCAUCAAUGCGGCGAACAUUAAGAAGGAAAAGAAAGACUCUUUGCCCAAGCAGUCCACACCGAAGCCUGAGGAAAGCAGCGAUGAUAGCUCUUCCAGCAGCUCCGAUGACAAUGUUGAAGCCGGUGAGCUGGUCAAAUCGACACAAGCUAAGAAAACUGAGGCGGCUGUGACGCAGAAGACUAAGGUUAUAGUCGAGCCUGUCGCUAAACCCGCUGAUUCAUCUUCUUCCUCUGACGAGGAAUCUAGUGAUGAAAGCUCAGCGCCAGUUAAGGCCAAAACGCCAGUCAAAGAGACCACAGCGAAGUCUAAAUCCAAGCCUGUGGUAUCCGAAGAUGAAGUCGUCUGCAUGGGCACCAAAAGCCGCAAAUACACAAUACCCGAUGAGGAUGACAAUGAUGAGGACGAAGCCGAGGAAAGCAGCAAGGAUGACGACAAUAUCGAGCAGAUGACUGGCAAAGACAAGGACAAAGCGAUCCAUGUCUGCGGCAUAUGCGACAAAAAGGGUCACACUUCAUUCGAGUGUCAGAUGAUAUGCAGGAACUGUUCAGCAUCCUAUCACAGCCUCAAGAAUUGCCCGAAUCCACCUAAUUUAAAUAUUGCUCUUCAGGCUUUCAUGGAGUUUAGCAUGCAACAAUUGGCUGUAUUCAAUAUGGAUAAACGAUUUGCGUUUCCCGCUGGUGUGGUGUCAGCGCCAGUGAUGCAGCCUGCACCGGUAGAAAAUCCUGCCACCGCAAAGUCCAAAAAAGAUAAGCGUACGGCUAAUAAAAAAACAAAGAAGAGACAGAAAAAGAAAAUUAAAAUUGAAACUCACGAAAGUGACGAUGAUGACGACGAUGACGAUGAUGAUGAGGAUGAAGCCGAGGCAUCACCCAGCAGUGAAAGCGAGUCAAGUGAAUCUAGUGUUGACCAAAAGCCUGCUGUGGGCAAAACAAAAAGGAAACGGAGCUCCAAACAGCCGGCCACAAAUAUGCCACCAGCAGCGACAUUUCCCUUUCCUUUGCUGGCUGCCGCCGGAGCGCCAUACAACUCACUGAUGUAUCCUUAUGGCGCGCAAUUCAAUUUUCCCAAAUAAGUUUAAAUUUGUUCAAGUACAUACAUGAAUAGAUAAGCAUAAAAAUAAUUUUAAUAUAAAGCUCAUGGCAAAUCAAA